GCUGCACGCAGUUAUCUCAGCAAACACCGUCACAUUUGUAAUUUGGGGUUCAAAAAAUUCCAUAUAACAUUUGGACGUGUGUUUAGCUGAUAGAAACCGAAACGUCCUUGCUUUUUGCGGAUUAAUUAGAUAUAAAUAUUCUUUCAGAGACACGAACCGAUAUGUUCACACAUAAGAACUAAUUCCGGUUCACUGGGAAGCUUUGAACUGCUUUCUGGAAAGUGACCAUUGUUGUAAUCAGGUCGAGGCUGUUAUCAUUUCCACUUGCUGACUUUCUUUGUGUUUUUUACGGAUUUGCAGCAGAAAAACAGCGCAAGCUUUUUAGAGUGUCAUGAAAGAAAUGUCAAGCACCAUGCCUAGUGGGCAGCAGCCUCAGAAACACUAUGGCAUCACCUCUGCGAUUAGCCUCGCGCCCCCACGAGAAAUAGACCACCACUACACCAAGAAGCUCUGCGAUGCAAUGAAACCUUUUGGAGUGUUUGAAGAUGAAGAAGAACUCAACCAUAGACUUGCAGUUCUUGGGAAGCUGAAUAACUUUGUUAAAGAAUGGAUUGCAGAGAUCAGUGAGUUAAAGAACCUUCCACCAUCAGCUAUUAGCUGUGUUGGGGGCAAGAUAUUUACAUUUGGUUCAUACCGACUUGGAGUGCACACAAAAGGAGCUGAUAUUGAUGCCUUAUGUGUGGCUCCACGGCAUGUAGAAAGAACAGACUUUUUCCAGUCUUUCUUUGAGAAAUUGAAACAGCAUGAAGAGAUUAAAGAUCUCAGGGCUGUUGAGGAUGCUUUUGUACCAGUGAUAAAAUUCAAAUUUGAUGGAAUUGAGAUUGACCUGCUUUUUGCCAGAUUGGCCUUACAAUCCAUUCCAGACAACCUGGACCUGAGGGGAGACUCCAUCUUGAGAAACUUGGACAUUCGAUGUAUCCGCAGCCUUAACGGUUGUCGAGUAACUGAUGAAAUUUUGUACCUGGUGCCGAACAAAGAGAACUUCAGACUGACACUGAGAGCCAUCAAACUCUGGGCAAAACGUCGAGGAAUCUACUCCAACAUGCUGGGCUUUCUGGGUGGAGUGUCAUGGGCUAUGUUGGUAGCCAGGACCUGCCAGCUCUACCCCAACGCUGUGGCUGCCACACUUGUCCAUAAGUUCUUCUUGGUUUUCUCUAAAUGGGAGUGGCCGAAUCCGGUGCUUUUGAAACAGCCUGAGGAUAGUAAUUUAAAUUUGCCUGUGUGGGACCCGAGAGUGAACCCAGCUGACAGAUAUCACCUGAUGCCCAUCAUCACACCUGCCUAUCCCCAGCAGAACUCCACAUACAACGUCUCCACGUCUACACGUACCAUCAUGAGCGAGGAGUUCAAAUACGGUCUCAGCGUCACAGAUGAGAUUCUUCAGGGCAAAGCAGAGUGGUCCAAAUUGUUUGAGCCGCCCAACUUUUUCCAAAAAUACAAACAUUACAUUGUUCUCACUGCCAGUGCAUCGACAGAAGAAAACCACUUGGAAUGGAUCGGCCUGGUGGAGUCAAAGAUCCGUGUUCUGGUGGGAAACCUGGAGAGGAACGAGUACAUUACCCUGGCUCAUGUAAACCCCCAGUCAUUCCCAGGAUCUAAAGAGAACCGGAACGAGAACGAUUUUGUGUCAAUGUGGUUUAUUGGGAUCAUCUUUAAGAAGGUGGAGAAUGCAGAGAGUGUGAACAUAGACUUGACAUAUGACAUCCAGUCUUUCACAGACACUGUGUACAGACAAGCCAACAACAUCAACAUGCUGAAGGAUGGGAUGAAGAUUGAAGCAACACAUGUGAAGAAGAAGCAGCUCCAUCAGUACCUGCCUCCUGAAGUGGUGCAGAAGAAAAAGAGAAGCAUAGCAGAGUUGAACCGUAGUUCUAAUGGUGGCAGCUCUAAGCGGCUCUCCCUCGACAGCAGUCACCUGGACAGCUCCAGAGACACAGACUCAGGGACUCCCUUUAACUCCCCGCCCAGCAAACCCUCCAAGCCUACAUCUGACACAGACGACAGCGUCAGUCCUCCUAAGCAGCUUUUUGUGGAGGGUUCUCCAGCACCUGUUGCAGCUGCUCCUCCUGCUGCUGCUCCUCCUGCUGCUGUUGCUGCUCCUCUUCCUGCUCCUGUUGCUGCUGCAGCUAAAGACCAGGGCAUGUCCAUCCCUGUUAUUGGUACAAAACCUCCUCUUAAAGCAAAGCCUCCUUCCCCACCAGCCAGCAGCUCCAUCACCAGCAGCACAAAGCCUACCGCCACCAGCAGCCCCAAAGAGGAGCCCAACGGCCUGGAGGACUCAGUCAACGGAGCUCCUUCCAAGAGACCGCACUCGCCCACACAAGAGGACCCGGCCAAGAGGCCAAAAAACACAGACGUGGUGUCAAAUGAUGACGCUGCCUUCAAAGAACCAUAUCCACCCUCGUCUGACCCCCAAACACACGGAGAAGCAUCCAGCAUUACUUCUCUUGCUGGAUCAAAGGCAAAGCCCAUUCCAACCAUCGAUACCUCAAGAACACAAAGACUUCCCAGCAUGGAGCUGCCUGAUGCCUCCUCGCCUCUCCCUGCCAGUAACAGCUGUCGUGUUGUGAAAAAUUCCAUUAAACUGGCCCUCAACCGCCACAAUAUCACACCUCCCAAGCCGCCCGUGUUUGAGGACGCCCUCACCACAGACGCUCCUGCUGCCAGCGAGGAAAAGGGCAUGUCCAUUCCUGUGAUUGGCUCAAAACAUGUGACAUCCAAACAUGUGGUGCCUCCCAUCGGCAGCUCCAUCCCCACGCUAGUGAGUCGAGUAGUCGACCCUCUGAACGGAGCAGCCUCCAAGAGACCCCACUCGCCAUCGUCGGAGGAACAGGCCAAAAGGCUGAAAGAAACAGAAAAGGCCAGAAUCCAUAUAGCUUGAACUGCCAACAAAGACUGGAUUCACACAGAUAACCGAGGUGAGGAGCUUUAAGUCAAGUCAAACACCGAGGACGUGACUUCACACAGGGACAGGCGGCGGCGUUCAGGUCAGUCAGUCUGAAGCGUGAAGCAGCACAGACACCUCACCUCAGACUUGGAGAUUACAGUCUUGCCAGUGGAUAGGGGAUUCGGCCAUUGCUGUCACACACUCACAGCCAGAGGGGAGUUUAACCCCCCUCCCGCAGUCUCGGAGAUAUGACACGAGAACUAAAGCAGCAGGUUUUUGUUCUUUUCUUUUCUUCUUCUUAACUCUGUGUUUAGAAAUCUACACAUUACAAGAGGAAAACAUGCUGUCCUUCUAUUUCAUCGUCUCCUUUUUCCAGUUUAAAAAAAAAAAAA